UCGUUCAGUCUAUAAAUAGGAUGUCUUUUUUUUAUUAACGCAAUUGUGUGCGUGUGUAGAGCGAUAUGAUCAUUCAUCUGUUCAAAGCAGAGUAAAAUAUGGAUUCAAGAAAUGUGAGAUGUUGCCUCUGUUGGUUUUUGUGUCUGGGUGCUAUUAAUUUCCUUGUUGCAGUCCUAAUUGCAUACAAAACUCUCACUGGUGAAUGUGAACGUGAAGUCUGCUAUGAGCAUGGAACUUGUCUGACUAACAAGGAUGGUUAUAAAUGUCACUGCGAUGAUGGGUACAUGGGGGAUCAGUGCCAGUUUAUGGAAUACAUACCACCCGCUGUCCUCCAUCGUAAUGACACAAACUCUACUGAUUCCAUAAAAGGGGUGACCUACAGCCCAUUAUCAAAUGGUUCAGCUGUUAUAAUCAUGUCAACUACAUCUGCUCCAUCUACCCAUUCAUCAGAAGUGGUUCGAGCAAGACUAAGGGAUCCAGGGUUUACCUCCGGUUACUGGGCCUUCAUUAUUAUAUAUGCAGUCGUUAGCACUUCCAUUUUUCUGCUUGCAUUUCUACUACUGAACUUCUGUCAAAAGAAGCUGUCAAAGCAGUCCCAAGGUAAAGAUUACUAUGGAAUCCAGUUUAACCCAGAAGGCCAGACAGAGGAGGAAAUGCGAAGUCAGAUGAGACAUUUGGUUUCAGAUGCAAGUGGAUUGGACAUUGUGGCUUAAUGGAUCAUAAACAUAAACAUUCUAAGGAAUUUGUCUUCUGAACUGUGCCAUAUUUUAGGAGUUUUACCUUUGUUCUAGUUUGGAGAUUUGAAGACCAUAAAGUUGCUUAUUUUGUGCUUUUAUUUGUAUUUCAAGCAUUGAUAGUGCCAUAAGAAAUUUUUUUGUUUGUUCCAUUAUUUUUACCAAUAAUAAUUUUUUUGUGUAUUUAUACUUUGCCAGUCACAUUCAUAUGAUUUUUAUUUUGUUUCUCAUGCAGGAUUCAGAUUUACUUUUAAAGGAUUAUUCUUUUUGCAGUAUACAUUUUGUCUAGUGUUUUCCUUCUUCUGUAUACAUGUACAUAUUUGGUGUGUGUUGUGUUCUUUUUUCUUCAGCAUACACUUACUGAUUAUUGUUUUGUAGCAUAGAUUAAAAACCACUCUUAUUUGAAAUGUCAUUUAACAAUCAAAAACGUACGAAGUGCCAACAUUUUAAACCUCUUUCAUCUGAACACAGGUUACCAUUGUCAAAUUUUACUGAAGUUAUUGGAGUUGUGAAAAAUCUUAAAAUUAACAAUUAUCAACUAGAUUUGGUGUAAGAGACAAUAUAUAACUACCAUUCCAUUUUGUUUUUAAUAGCUUUUUAUGCACUUUGAACUUUUAAAAAAUGUCCUAUGUGUUAGGUGUCAACUUCAAAGCCUUAGUUGACAGAAGUAGGUACAUUAGGGUUCCUUUUUUGUCCUAAGACCCAGUUUAUAUAAAAUUUGCAAAAUGUCUUGCUCAACCAAUUAAUGCAAGCAAAUUCAUUAUUAAGUGAUAAAUUCAUCAAUAUUGUGUAACAUCACAGUCAUUGAUAAUAUAAGUCGUAACAAAAAUGUCCAGUUUCCCAUGUUUUAAGAAUAACCAUGUCAAUUAAGCAAAUUGAAAACUAGUUUUGGCUUCAAAUUAUGUGAACAUUCAUCUAGCAACAGUUAAUGUGUAUGAUAUUUAUUUUUGUCAAGUUCAUUUUGCUCAAUGCAAUGCUCAUGAAAAAGGCUAGCUUUGCAUUAAUGUUAAUUAUCAGUUGGCGAUUUAAGACAUAUUUUGUUCACAGAAGUCUUUUUUCCUAUUCGAGAAUUUUUUUAGAGUACAGUCAAACCUUCUUAUUGCAAAUAUCAUUGGGGCUAAGGAAAAUAUUCAAGAUAUCCCAGAGUUUGAGAUAGUGAAGUUUUAAUGCAUAAAAAAAUAGUUGGGAAUUCCAUCUCACAUACACAUAUCCAUGGUAUUCUUAGAUUUCAGUAUUCAAAUCAACAAAGAUCAACUGUAUUUUAGAUUUCUGCAAUUGUUUUGAAAUUUAAGGGUCAGUUGUACCUACUUCUGAAAUUAAUUCAUUUUUUUUUUUUUAACGAACAAAUCACUUGUGUGCAGAAACUGAAAAAAUGCUCAUUUUGUAAUUUCAGGGAUUUAUCUUGUACAAAGUGUCAGAUUUUUUUUCUCCUGAUGCCUUUAAUCUUCCAGAGUACACAUGAUAUUUUGGACAAUCCUUUGAUAACACUUGGAAAGACAAUGUAACUCAUCUUUAACAGAGAAUGUUCAGAAUAAGUUUGACGAGUGUUUGAAAUGGAUUUAUAUUUUUAUAAUUUUAUAUUUCACAAACACAGAUCUCUUCAAAUGUUUUGUUUUGCUUACGUGUGAGGAUGUGAAAUGUUAAGGUAUGUUGUACAUGGUUAGUUUUCACAGGUUGGUUUUUUUAAGAUAAAAUUUCUCCACAAAUCA